AUGAAGACAGCUGCCAAGGGUUUGGGGAAGUCUGUAAUGAACCCUUUGCACCGUGAGGGUUGGUGGAGCAGAAGGAUAGUGCUGAUGGUGUAUGUCGCCUUGGAGCUUGUAACAGUCCAUUCACCUGUGGUCCUAGGGACCCUUGACCUACAGCUUGAUGAGGAACAACCAGCAGGCACAAUAGUAGGUGAUAUCAGUGCAGGACUUCCUACUGGCGAAAAAGCCUCUAUGUACUUCAUCUCCGACCAUGAAGGCACGGGCGUAGGCAGUGAUUUGGACAUAGAUGAGAGCACUGGCAUCAUUAAAACGGCAAAGGUUCUGGACAGAGAAUUGAGGGAUAGAUACAACUUCAUUGCAGUUACCAUGAGAGGUGUGACAGUAGAGGUGACCAUCACAGUGAAUGACAUAAAUGACCAUACCCCAACGUUCCCAAGAAAACGCGCUACCUUUAAAAUUCCUGAACAGACAGCCAUCGGCACCAGGUUUCCUCUUGAGCCAGCUGUUGAUGCUGAUAAAGGCCAGUUCACGACUCAGGGUUACCUUAUCAAGGAUGGAAAUGUUGGUCAGGCAUUCACCUUGGAGACCAGAAGGGGAAGCAAUGAGGUCCUCUAUCUGGACUUGGUGGUCAAUGCCAUUCUGGACAGAGAGAAAAGAUCCACCUACACUUUAUCUUUGGAGGCCUUUGAUGGUGGUUCCCCUAAAAGGACUGAUCAGAUGAUAUUAGAUAUUGCUGUACAAGACAUUAAUGACAACGCUCCUUUUUUCAACCAGAGCCGCUACCAUGCCAUAAUAUCUGAGAACCUACAACCAGGAAGCAACAUCCUGCAGGUGUUUGCUACAGAUGCUGAUGAAGGAGACAAUGGGAUGGUGCUGUACGAGAUCAACAGGAGACAGAGUGACCCAGAUCGUUACUUUGUCAUCGACACUCGCACCGGCAUCAUCACCCUCAAUAAGCCACUGGACUUUGAGAUGAGGAGAGUCCAUGAGCUGGUGGUCCAAGCACAAGACAACGCAACCCAGCCAGAGGUGACUAAUGCCUUUGUCACCAUUCAUGUCAGAGACUACAAUGACAACCAGCCUACAAUGACUAUCAUCUUCCUCAGUGAGGAUGGGUCUCCUCGAAUCUCAGAGGGUGCACAGCCAGGCCAGUAUGUAGCCAGGAUCUCAGUCACAGACCCAGACUAUGGAGAGUAUGCCAACGUUAAUGUGUCACUUGAGGGAGGAGAUGGAAAGUUUGGCCUGACGACGAAAGAUAAUAUCAUCUAUCUGAUCUGUGUGGACAGGAUUCUGGAUCGGGAGGAGAGAGACACAUAUGAGUUGAGGGUGAUGGCAACAGAUUCAGGCACGCCGCCUCUCAGGGCCGAGUCCUCCUUCAUCAUCCAGGUGACUGAUGUAAAUGACAACCCUCCUCUGUUUGAUCAACCAGUGUAUAGACAGGUUAUCCCUGAAGUGGUAUUUCCAGGGAGCUUUGUGUUACAAGUGACAGCUAGAGACAAAGACCAGGGCCCCAAUGGGGACAUUAACUACAGCAUCCUGAAAGACAAAGGUGCUUUCUCCAACUGGUUCAGCAUAGACUCUGUUACGGGGAUUAUCACUACUCUCUCCCAGCUGGAUUAUGAAAAGAACCCCAAUCCCAGUAUAACUGUGUUGGCGACAGAUGGAGGAAAACCACCUCUGUCCUCUACUGCAGUGGUCAAAAUCGUACUUCAGGAUAUAAAUGACAAUGAGCCUGUUUUUGAGAGGAACUUCUACAAUAUGUCCAUCAAGGAAAACACAGCUCCAGGAACUUGCAUUCUUGAGGUCACUGCGACAGAUGCGGACGGCGGCUCUUUUGGCUCCAUUACCUACUCCCUGGGCUCUGGCAUUAACAGUGCUGUUCCCUCUCAGUUCACCAUUGGCAAGGAGACUGGACAGAUCUGCACUAGUACUGUACUAGACAGAGAUCAAGGGCUGGCCAGCUACGACUUCACUGUUACUGCAGUGGAUGGGGGUGGACUGAGCUCAGUAACCUAUGUGAAGGUGGAUCUGGUCGACAUUAAUGACAACAGACCUGCUUUUUACCCAGUGAGCUAUGCUGUCAGUUUGAGCACACAGAGCGCGCCUGGGACGUCUGUUGUCAGAGUGACGGCCUAUGACCCAGACUCAGGCGAGAAUGGCAGAAUAACAUACAAAACUGUACCCGGAGGGGCCUCCCCUUACUUCACUCUCAACAAAGACACUGGUGUCAUUUCCCUGUCUCGCUCUGUGUACGGGAAGGCCAACUCUGUCAUACCCAUGGUGAUCUCUGCUCAGGAUGGUGGAGGUCUGGUUGCUCUCGUUAAUGCCAGGGUGAACAUUAGUGUGGUGGCAGGUUUGGUGGCACCACCAGUUUUUGAACAGAAUCAGUACUACUUCACUGUUUUAGAGGACGUCCUGCAGGGGACGGUCGUAGGCAUCGUCCAGGCCAGCACUAAGACAGGCACCUCUAAAGAUAUCUCCUACACCAUUAGUUCUGGGGACCCUGCAGGAUACUUUACAGUGGAUCCUGACACUGGGGCCCUGAGGACCAGUCUGUCUUUGGAUCAUGAAGCCCAGUCAGCUCUUGAUUUGGAGGUGCAGGCCCGCAGUGGCAACCCCCCUGCCUUUGGCCAGACCCGUGUGCACAUCACCAUCGCAGACGUCAAUGAUAAUCCGCCUGUUUUCCUGCCCUCAUCCUCAGAGUCCCUGCUGCUGCCAGAGCAUACAGAAAUGGGUACUGUUGUGUAUCGUGUUCAAGCUGAGGACAGAGACUCUGGAGCCAAUGGACAACUCACCUUUGACCUGUCUGCACCAAGUGGGAUCCAGAGGACCUUUAGCAUAGAGCGCAGCACUGGAGAGAUACGAUUGGUGGGCAGCCUCAACUAUGAGAGUGCACCCCGUUACGAUCUCCAAGUCCUCGCCAAGGAUAGUGGAGUGCCCCAGUUUAGCGUCACCUUCAUGCUUGUGGUUCAUGUCCAGGCAGAGAAUGACCAGGGACCUGUGUUUGAUACCCUGACCUACCGGGUAGAACUAAAAGAAGGCACUCCAAUAAAUACACGCUUCCUGCAAGUCAGGGCUCUGAACAGAGAAACACCUGGCGUAGGUCACUUCAGUCCCCUGGCAUAUCACCUGCAUCCUGAUGGAGAUGCUGCUGGGUUUGGCAUUGCUGCAGACAGUGGCUGGCUGUUUGUAAAAAGUGCCCUAGACAGAGAAGUCAAGGACAUGUAUCUUCUAACAGUACUGGCCAGUGCUGGUCAUGGACAGUGGAAGAAGACGGGCAGUGCCACAGUGCGGAUAUCUGUGACUGAUGAGAAUGACAACUCUCCUCGGCUCCCACAGGAGAGGGUCUUCAUGGCUGUGAGAGAAAACCUGCCAGUGGGUACAGGCUUCGGUCAUGUGUCAGCCACAGACCGAGACAGUGGUCCCAACGGACGCCUCAGCUACCGCCUGCUGCAUCCUGACCGCAAUUUCCAGAUAAACUCCCACACAGGUGAGAUCAGUACAAGGACAACUCUGGAUAGAGAGCAGCAGUCUAGUUACCAGCUGGUGGUUGUGGUACAAGACGGAGGUUCCCCCCCUCGUAGCGCUACAGGCACAGCCUUCGUUACUGUCCUGGAUGACAACGACAAUGACCCAGCUUUUAUCCUUAGCCAGUCGGGAAAAAACUUAAUCAUAAAGGUGUCAGAAGGACAGUCCUCUGGGGUUCUACUGGGCACACUGCAAGCCAAAGAUCCUGAUGAAGGAGAGAACGGCACCAUAUUCUACUCAUUGUCAGGUCCCAGGGCUGAGCGUUUCUCUCUGAACCCAAACACUGGUGAGCUGCGUUCAUCAUCCCCCCUCAGCCAUUCGGAACGAGCCGAGUACACCUUGACAGUGACAGCCACUGACAGAGGACUGCCCCCACGCAGCACCUCCUGCUCCCUCACCAUUCAGGUUCUCAGCAUUAACAGACCUGCUUCGAAGACCAAUUCACUCUCUAUAUCUUUCAACUCUGUGGAGGAGGCCAAGCCUGGCUCUGUCAUUGGCUCAGUCCGCCUCCAUGACAGAGAAACUCCAGAAGAGGGGAAAGUGACCUACACAGUGGUUGGGGGUACAGACAGAGAUGGGACCUUUGUCGUAGAUCGUCUGACAGGAGAUGUGUAUCUGGCUCGUCCUCUUGACUAUGAACGAGACAUGCGCUACACCCUGAAGAUUGAGGUAGAUGACUUCUCCCAGGACCCUCCUAGCAGCACCCUGGUCCACCUAGACAUUGACGUAGAGGACAGCAAUGACCACGCCCCUCAGUUCCCUGAGGACCCCAUUACUAUCGUCAUCUCUGAGAGCAUGCAGCCCAGCUCCUCUGUCUAUACUUUCCAGGCCACAGACAAGGAUGGCAGCGGGCCCAAUAGCGAGCUGAGGUACUCCAUUCUCCACCAGUGGCCAAACACGCCCAGUCUACUAACCCUCGACCCCUCCACUGGGGUUCUAUCCUUGGCCCAGGAAUUGGAUCAUGAAGUCACCUCCAACUUGAUUCUUGUUGUAAAGGCAACAGACUCUGCCCUCGAUGCCAGCCAGAGGCGCUGGGGCUCAGUUACAGCGAGGGUCUAUGUAACCGAUGAGAACGACAAUCCACCAGUGUUCAGCUCGCCAACAGCUGUCAGUGUGAUGGAGGACCAGCCGGUAGGCUUUGUGGCACUGUAUGUUAUGGCCAGAGAUGCAGACCAAGGGGAGAAUGGCCGGGUGACCUACACCAUCCAGUCAGGCAACACAGGGGGAACAUUCAGCCUCAACCCUAACACGGGCUCUCUGUCUAUUUUCAAACCUCUGGACCGUGAGGAGCAGGACGUCUUUAACCUCACAAUAAUCGCAGAGGAUCAUGGGAUACCCCAGCACUCAUCCAGCCAGCUGCUGUGUGUCCACGUGAUUGAUGUUAACGAUGAGGUGCCCUGGUUUGAGGAGAGCCAGUACGAAGCUCAGAUCUCAGAGAACCAGCCUUCAGGAACUAGUCUGCUAACAGUGUCUGCCUCUGACCUGGACCAAGGAACCAAUGGGCAGGUGACAUAUGGAGGUAUCUCAGUGGAAGGCUUCAGCAUCAACCCAGUGACAGGUGUUAUAACCAACACUAAGUCACUGGACAGGGAGCUUCAGGAAUACUACACUGUGACAGUUUAUGCAAAAGAUGGAGGCCUUCCCCCCAACUAUGCCAAAGCCACUGUGAAGAUCAGAGUACUUGAUGAGAAUGACAACGCCCCUGUCUUUGGACGUCUUUACUACAGCAUAGAAGUGCCUGAAAACUUGGAGGCAGUGCUUCUUUUCACUCUUAGAGCCACUGAUCAGGAUACAGGAGACAGUGGGGAGAUGAACUACAGAAUUACAGCUGGAGACCCCUCAGGAGACUUCCACUUGGAUAGACAAUCAGGUGCAUUAUCCACCUCAAGGCUGCUGGAUCGGGAGAAGAAAGCAGGUUAUACACUGAUAGUCACAGCCCAGGACCAGGGGAAACCUUCUCUCAGUGGCACCGCUACAGUGGAAGUGACCAUUCUGGACAUAAAUGACCACAGCCCCCAGUUUCAGAGCAACACAUACACUGCAGAUGUGUCAGAAGAUGUACCCAUAGGCUCGCUGGUUUUGGAGGUGAAAGCCAUCGAUCUGGACCAUGGCCCCAACAGCCAGGUUCAAUACUUUCUGAGCCAUGGCUCCCAGAGCAUGUUCAUCAUAGACCAGAACACAGGCCGCAUAAUCACAGCAGCACCCCUGGACAGAGAGAGAGUUGCGUCUUAUACCUUUGAGGUGUGUGCCAGUGACUCCUCCCCUGCCAACCCACGCAACUCCACCACUCAGGUGACUGUCUACAUUCAGGAUGUAAACGACAACGCUCCUUUCUUCAUUCAGGACCCACUUAUUGUGAACAUAUCUGCAAGCAGUGUGUCAAACCGCAGAGUGCUGGCCACCAUGAGAGCAGAGGACAAAGACUUUGGGGCUAAUGGCUCUGUGUUUUAUCGCUUUGCUAACCCUGUGAGAGGCUUCACCAUCAAUUCACUAACCGGAGACAUCCAGGCCACCGAGAAGCUACAGACUCUGACCCAAAGCCAGAGGACUUUGAUAGUGCAGGCCAUGGACCAGGGCAACCCAGCUCAAUCCUCCCUUGGGGUGGUAAUCAUUUAUAUCCGGGAACAGACCUACAGGGGGAUUCGCUUCUCUCGCACAGCUAGAGAUGUCAGUCUGCAGGAGAAUGCGGCUAAAGGCACAGUUGUAACACAGACUCAGGCCCAGUAUCCCGAUGGUUCCCAAACUGGUAUCAGCUACAGUCUUUUCAGUGGAAACAGAAUGCAAUCUUUUGGAAUAAACACUCUUACUGGAGAAAUAUGGGUCCAGAAAUCGGAAGGACUAGACUUUGAGGAGACCCCAAAACUCCGCCUUGUGGUGAAAGCUGAGACAGCAUCCUCCAGCUCCUACAUGGCUGUCAACUUAAUCCUUCAAGAUGUCAAUGACAAUUUGCCACGCUUCCAACUCCAGAACUACGUGGCGUACAUUAGAGAGGCACAGGGCUACGAUUUUCCCAUUAUCCAGGUUGCAGCAGAUGACCUGGAUCAGGGACAAAAUGGUCAGGUGACCUAUUCCAUUAGGUCAUCAUCCAUGAGUGGCUUGUUCAAGAUUGACCCACUGACUGGUAGCAUCACCACUGCAGCCAUAAUGGACAGAGAGAUCUGGCCGCAAACCAAGCUUGUUGUUACAGCAACAGACCGGGGAACCCCACGGCUGGCUGGCUCUGCCACCCUCACUGUGAUCAUCAUCGACCUGAAUGACAACAGUCCCACGAUUCCUUUGCCUCGGCAGAUCCGAGUGCCCGAGGACACUCUGAUCGGGACAGUUAUCACCCAGGUAACAGGAAAUGAUGUGGACUCUGGGCCAGCUCUCUCCUACACACUACACCUGGAUAGAAACACUGAGGGCAUGUUUGGGAUUCAUCGUUAUGGAGGUGGCGUGUCUCUUACUGGCCCACUGGACUAUGAAGAAAGGACAUGGUACACUUUGACUAUUCGUUCGUCCGACUCUAAACAUCAAAGUGAAGCCAAUCUGACUGUGCUGGUAGAUGAUGUGAAUGAUAAUGCCCCCACCUUCACCCAGGACUUCUAUCAGGUGACUGUAUCAGAGCACCUCCCAUCAGGCAGCGCAGUCAUCACAGUAACAGCUACUGACCGUGACACUGGGGAGAAUGGGAAGAUUACCUACAGAGUGAUGUCAUCAACUAGAGGCGUCUUUUACAUUGACCCAAGCAAUGGUACUCUGUUCGUCAACCAAAAGACAGUGUUUGAUUUUGAGAAUCCCUCCAUCCUUGUAGUAAUUGAGGCUCGGGACCAAGGCACUCCAUCCCUUUCAUCCAUUGCAACUGUCCAGGUUCAAGUGUCCGAUGUUAACGACAAUGCCCCAAUCUUUCACCAAUCGGAGUACAGGGCAACCGUGUCCGAAGAUGGACUUCCUGGAUCCACUGUUCUGACCUUAGAAGCUGUGGAUGGGGACCUGUCCCGGGAUAAUUGUGGUUUUGACUUUGCCAUUGCCAGUGGUAACUCAGGUAAUGCCUUCCAGAUUGAAAGCAGUGUGCACUUCUUGGAGGGGAGGGGCUUCCAGACAGUUGGCAGUCUGAUCCUUGUGGAGGAGCUGGAUUUUGAAGCAAUGCCAAGUUAUAACCUGACUGUUGUGGUAUCAGAUCGUGGGAUCCCUCAGCGUAGCUCCAGCGUACCUAUCCUCAUCAGUGUCACAGAUGCCAACGACAACCCUCCAGUUUUCAGCCGAGCAGAGUACAGUGUAGUACUGAGUGAGGGUGCGGCAGCAGGGACAGAGAUCUUGCAUCUAUCUGCCACUGAUCCAGACUCUGCUCCCAAUGGAGAGGUGCAGUACUACAUAAGCUCAGGGGACGAGACAGACCUUUUCCAGGUGGACCGGUGGACCGGUGCCUUGAAGCUGCAGCGACCUUUGGACAGUGAGAGGCAGUUGUCCCAUAUGAUUGUUGUCCAGGCUACUGAUGGUCAAGGACACUAUGCUUUGGUCCCAGUCAGUAUUGAGGUAAAGGACAUCAACGACAACCGGCCCUUCUUUCCCCUCAAGCUAGUAACUGCUAGCAUCAGGGAAAACCAACCCCAGAAUGCCUUAGUCACAAUGCUGCAUGCAAUCGACCAUGACAAAGGUGUUUUUGGACAGUUGAAGUACUACAUGCUAGACAACUCUAAAGAUGGAAGAGAGGCCUUCCUUAUUAAUCAAACUUCAGGAGAAGUUCGGACUCGCUCUACUUUUGAUUUUGAGAAAGGAAACUCCUUCCAUUUUAUGGCUGUUGCCAUAGAUGCUGGCAACUAUUCUGCUACAGUCACAGUGCAGGUUUAUGUUACAGGAGAGGAUGAAUAUGAUCCUGUUUUCACUUCCUCAGAGUUCUCGUUUGAAGUGCCUGAAGGAGCAAAGAAAGGUCAGAUAAUUGGCAAAGUGCAAGCAAAAGAUGAGGAUGGAGGCGUGGAUGGCAUUGUUCUUUACUCCUUAGCAGACAGUUCGCCUUAUUUUGAAGUCAAUAAAUCAACAGGUGAGAUUUCCUUAAAGAUGGACAGCUACAGUAGACAUGUGGGUCGCGCUAAAAGAGAGGUGCGUCUAAUGACACUGGAUGUGACUGCCCACAGCCCUCUUGAGACGUCCCGCAUGGCAAUGGCUAAGGUUACCGUUGAUGUGACUCAUACAUUUUUCGGUCUCACCACAGACAUGAAUAUGAUGCUUGUUAGCAUCAUUGCAGUGUCACUUGGGACAAUAGUCAUACUGAUUAUAAUUGCUGUGGCACUAUGUUUUGUUAAAUUAAAACGCCAGAAGAAGGAACAAAAAGCGCAAAGACGGACACCAGCAUCAGGCACCAUGAUGCACAAGCUUGAGGAAACAAAAAUAGCAGCAAAUGAAAUUAUUUACCAUCAGACCCUUCCUGGAUAUGCAGCUGUUCAGAGCACCACCAGUGGGGGUCCGUACACUCGAGGGGGAUCCCUGGAUCCCUCACACUCCAGUGGACGUGGCUCAGCUGAGGCAGAGGCAGCAGAGGACGAUGAGAUCAGAAUGAUAAAUGAAUAUCCCCGUGUGUCAAGUAUUUCCUCCUCUAUGCAGGAGCGCAUCUCUGCCCGAGGUCCAGACUCUGGAAUCCAGCAGGAUGCAGAUCAGCUAUCAGACGUGUCUUGUGAGCCUUCCAUAGAUUGGUUCAAAGGGAAGAAACUGGGUAGCCUGAAUGAAACUAUAUUGGCUGGCCAGGUGCCAGUCUACAGGGAUGAGGGGGGUGGAUAUGUGGGUGUAGGACGGGGACUCAGCAUCUCCCACCCUAAAGACUAUACUUUCCCAGAGGAUGGAAAGCCCGCUGUAGAUGGCUCCCUGACAGCCAUUGUGGCCAGUGAUGAGGAGCUGAGGGGCAGCUAUAACUGGGACUACCUGCUAAACUGGUGUCCCCAGUUCCAACCAUUAGCUAAUGUUUUCACUGAAAUUGCACGUUUAAAAGAUGAAACAGCUCCUCCUAAUCCUCGCAGGUCAUUUCAUCACAAAGCAAAGGCCGAGUCAAGAAUUGACCCUCCACCUCUCAUAACCUCAGUGGCCCACCCCGGCGCCAAAACUGUACCGCCGAAGCCUGCCGUAGGGAGGACUUUCCCUCACCUGGCUUCUUUACGGAGAUCUCCCAUCAGUGGCGAGGGAUCCAUCUCUUCAGUUGCCAUGUCUCCAAGUUUCUCCCCUUCCCUCUCACCACUGGCAGCACGUUCUCCAGCGAUCACACCAUUCAGUGUUUCACAGGGCCCCUCUGCAUCCAUGAUUAGCACAACUGAACAUAAUCUGGAGCACAUCGAGGAAGCAGAGCUGAGAAUUUAA